AUGCUGAUAUUUACCCCAACCACAACUUCGGAUUCCGACUUGGAUUCACGCAAGAUGAAGCUCGUCUACUUUAGCAAUGAGUUCCCCAGGGACGAUUUGCAGAACUUCAAUGACAAACAUCACUCACACCUAGCCCAAUUUAUAUGCGAGGCCACUUGGGCCAUCAAAGAAGAAGCUCGAAACUUACCGACAGAGCUGAAAAAGCUCAUUCCACCAUUUAAGACCCUAGUCAGUUGGUCAGAAAACACAGAAAUUCGGGAAGGCUUGAUUUGUGGCGCCGUAGAUGGGGUGCUGCUUGUUGUCGUGCAAAUAGCAACGUAUAUUGGCUAUGCAGAGAACAGCCCUGAAGAGCUGACUGACUUUCCAAACCUGAACCUUGCUGGCCUGGGAAUUGGCCUUUUGGCAUCUACUGCCGUUUCACUGUCCUCGACGUUAGCCGACUUGCCACUCGCAGGUGCUGAUGCUGUACGGUUGGCAUUCCGCCUAGGAAUCCAUGUCCUGGAUGUCUCAGAAAACUUGGAAGCCCGAGAUUUGUCAGAGAGCCCAGAUACAUGGGCAUACGUCGUUCAUAAUAUUGACCCAGAUAUUGUUAGGAAGGAGCUUGACACAUUAUAUCUUCGAGAUGAGAUUCCUGGCACUGGAAAAAUCUUUGUAAGCGCUGUCAGCCGGACUUCUGUCACAGUGAGCGGACCACCAGCUAGGUUAAAAGCACUCUUCAAUAAGUCUGACUUUUUCCGCGAGUCAACAUUUAUUGCACUUCCGGUAUAUGGCGGCUUGUGUCACGCACCACAUAUUUACGACAUGCAUGAUACGCAGAGCAUCGUGGAUCAAAAUUCGUUGCUCACGGUCCGGACAAAGUCGUGGCCAGGAGCACCAAUUUACUCUACCAGCACUAGCGUAACAUACCCGGCUAAGAAGGAUACAGAACUCUUCGAAAGCGUAAUAUCUGAGAUUCUUACCCAGGCAAUCUACUGGGACCGCGUCAUAUCUGGUGUGGUUGAGAGAGUGAAAACCACUGUUACCUCAGAAGUAGCUUUGUACAGUUUUGGCAACUCCAUCCCUCUCAAUGACCUGAACUCGGCCUUGAAGAGUAGCAUUACUCAUUCAAACGUCUCGAUCAGUAAUCUCACAACAUUUGUCACCCAAGUAGCGCCAAAAGAUACCACGCCACGCAGUACUUCACAGUCCAAGCUCGCCAUUGUCGGCAUGUCUUGCAGACUUCCUGGAGGCGCGACUAAUACCGAGAAGGGUUUGGAUGUCUCUCGUAAAAUCCCAGCUGAUCGUUUUGACAUUGAGACGCACUACGACCCAGCCGAAAAGGAACUCAACAAGACUAUGACGCAGUAUGGCUGUUUCAUCGGUGAGCCCGGCUUGUUCGAUGCGCCCUUCUUCAACAUAUCUCCACGUGAAUCCCAGGUCACCGAUUCACAGAUGCGCUUGGUUCUUAUCACGGCGUACGAGGCUCUUGAGCGUGCUGGUUAUAUUGGUAAUUGUACUGCUUCCACACAGUUGCAGCGUAUUGGUACAUUCUAUGGCCAAGCAGCUGACGACUACCGUGAAAUCAAUCAAGGUCAAGAGGUUAGCACCUACUAUAUUCCAGGUGGUUGUGGAGUCCUUGGUCCUGGGCGAAUCAACUACUUCUUCAAGUUCGCGGGUCCCAGUUACAGUAUUGAUACUGCAUGCUCUUCGGGACUCGCAGCAAUUGAGGUCACCUGCCAGGCUCUUUGGAAUGGUGAAGUUGAUACUGCCGUCACAGGGGGUGUUAACGUACUGACCAACCCGGACGGCUUUUCUGGACUGUGUAACGGUCACUUUCUCACUAAAGGAUAUAAUGCUUGCAAGACGUGGGAUACUACCACUGAUGGUUACUGCCGCGCAGACGGCAUUGGUUCUCUCGCCAUCAAGAGACUCGAAGAUGCCGAAGCAGACAAUGACAAUAUCUUAGGUGUCAUUCUUGGUGCUGGCACAAACCAUUCUGCAGAAGCAGUCUCUAUCACUCACCCCCAUGCCGGCCACCAAGCUUAUCUUUCCCGUCAGGUGCUUCGACAGGCUGGCGUAGACCCUUUGGAUGUAUCUUACAUCGAGAUCCACGGCACUGGUAUUCAAGCCGGAGACCAUGAGGAGAUGCAGGGUAUUAUGGACGUCUAUGCUCCUCUCACCAGGCGUCGUAGCAAGGACCAGCCCUUAAAAUAUUGGCGCCGUAAAAGCAAAUCGUUAAUCAAAGUGCUCUUAAUGCUCCAAAAGAACGCCGUCCCGCCGCACAUCGGCAUUAAGACAGAGAUCAACCCGAAGUUCGAGAUAGAUCCGCGUAAAACUCACAUCAUCGCUAUCUCAGCCAAGGUGAAGACUUCUUUGACUGGAAAUAUUGACCGGUUGAUUGGGUAUUUAGAUUCACAUCCAAAUACCAACUCGGCGGAUCUUUCGUACACGACGACUGCCCGCCGCUACCAUCAUACGCAUCGCGUAGCCAUUGCUACGUCUGAUGUGGCCCAUUUGAAGAGGCAACUGAGUUCCUCCUUAGAUAAGGUUGAUUUGAUCAACCCUGUUGGAAUGUCUGGGCCCCCUCUGGUCGCGUUUAGCUUCACUGGUCAAGGCGCUUCUUACAAGUCAAUGAGUUUAGAAUUGUAUCGGGGUGUGCCCACCUUUCGAAAGCAUAUACAAUAUCUUGAAUCUCUUGGUCAAGGCCAAGGAUUCCCUUCUUUUAUUGCUGCUCUUGACGCAUCCUAUCCUAACGAGCAUGCUCACUCUGCUGUCAUUACUCAGCUUGCCCUAGUCUGUACUGAGAUUGCUCUUGCUAAACACUGGGCUACUCUCGGAGUUAAACCAGACGUUGUUUUAGGCCAUAGCUUAGGCGAGUAUGCUGCAAUACACACAGCCGGUGUUAUCACUGCUAGUGAUGCUAUAUUCAUGGUUGGGCGCCGGGCUCAGAUGCUGGAGGAGAAGUGCAAGGUUGGUAGCUAUAUUAUGAUGGCUGUUCGCGCUUCCGUUGCAGAGAUAGUAGAGAGCUAA